CCAACCUGCUGAGGACACAGACUGAGAAAACGCUGCAGAGGACGGACACCUUUUCAUUUUGACCAUGCCGAGAAAAAAGGAUACGGAUGAUAUUAACAUAGAGAUGGACGCAGAUGAGAGUGAAAGUGAUGAUGGCGGCAACAACAAGAGGACAAACAACAGGAGGCAGGGAGCUGGAAGAGGAGGUGCAAGGGGAAGAGGCCGGGGUAAAAAACCUGCCAGUGAGGACGAAGACGAGGAUGAUGAAGAUGAAGCCCCCAGGGGACGCAGGGGAGCAAACAAGAAGAAGCCCGUCAAGAAACGUGGCGGUCGCAACGCGAAAGAUGACGAUGACAGUGAGGACGAGGCUCCAAAGAAAGGUCGAAAAGGAGCAGCCAAUAAGAAGAAAGGAGGCAAAGCUCAGGACAGUGAUGACGAUGACAGUGAUGCGGGGAAAGGGAAGAAGGGAAAGAGGGGAGGAAAGAAAGGAGGGAAGGAUGAGGAGGACAGUAAGGGUAAGAAGGGGGAUGCCAAAGGGAAGGACAAGGGGAAAGACAAGGACAAUGACAAUGACAAGAAGAAGAAGAAGAAGAAAAAGGACGACAGUUCUGAUUCUGAUUCCAACACCAACUCUGAAGAGGAUGAGUCCAUGUCGGAGGGAGAGAUGGCCCGGCUGAUGGAGGAGGUGGAGGAGAAGAAGAAACUGAUCGCCACCAUCAGGAACAAGCCUUGGAGGAUGAAGCGGAGGCUUGUUCACCUGAAGGAGGCUCAAGAAUUCGUUGAUAAGUUUGAAGGAGCUUUGGGCAAAGGAAAAGGCAGGAAGUGGUACGCCUACAAAGUGAUGAUGAAAAAGAAAUGGAUCAAGUUCUCAAGGGAUUUUGAAAACUUCAGAACGGCCUGUAUCCCCUGGGAGAGGAAGAUUAAAGAGGUGGAGAGUCACUUUGGGUCAUCUGUGGCUUCUUACUUCAUUUUCCUGCGCUGGAUGUACGGCAUGAACCUGGUCCUUUUUGGUUUCACUUUUGGACUGGUGGUCAUCCCUGAGGUUCUGAUGGGCCUUCCCUAUGGCUCCAUUCCCAGGAAGACUGUCCCGAGAGCAGAUCAGGACACCGCUCAGGACUACUCUGUCCUCAUGGAUUUCCAAGGUUACUGCAAGUACUCAAUCAUGUUCUACGGAUACUACAACAACCAGAGGACCAUCGGCCUGCUGAAGUUCAGGCUGCCUCUCUCCUACCUCAUGGUCGGGAUCGGCACCUUCGGAUACAGCCUGAUGGUCGUGAUCCGCACAAUGGCCAAGAACGCUGAUGUCGGUGGAGGAGACGGAGACGAAGGAGAGUUCACGUUCGCCUGGAAGAUGUUCACCAGCUGGGAUUACCUCAUAGGCAACUCAGAGACCGCUGACAACAAAUACGCCUCCAUCACCACCAGCUUCAAGGAGUCCAUUGUAGACGAGCAGGAGAACCAGAAGGAUGAGAACAUUCACCUGCGGAGGUUCCUCAGAGUCCUGGCUAACCUCAUGAUCGUGUGCAGCCUCGGAGGCAGCGGGUACCUCAUCUACUUUGUAGUGAAGAGGUCUCAGGAGUUCGCCAACAGGGACGACCUCAGCUGGUACGAGAAGAACGAGUUGGAGCUCAUCAUGUCUCUGCUGGGUCUGGUGUGUCCUCCUCUGUUUGAGACCAUCGCUGAGCUGGAGGACUACCAUCCUCGAAUCGCCCUCAAGUGGCAGCUCGGACGCAUCUUCGCCCUUUUCUUGGGGAACCUGUACACCUUUCUGUUCGCCCUGUUUGACGAGGUCAACAACAAGCUGGAACAAGAGGGGUCUAUUAGGAACGCUAGCCUCUGGGCCAUGAAGGAGUACUACGCCAACUACACGCUCUUCCUAAACGACUCCAGCUUAACCCCCCCUCCUAUGCCCCCUGCUGAUGUCAUCAGAGGACCCUGCUGGGAGACUGCUGUCGGAAUAGAGUUUGUGAAGCUGACAGUGUCGGACAUCCAGGUGUCCUACCUGACCAUCCUGAUAGGAGACUUUGCUCGAGCGGUCAUCGUUCGCUUCCUCAACUACUGCUGGUGCUGGGACCUGGAGGCUGGAUUUCCUUCAUAUGGAGAGUUUGACAUCAGUGGUAAUGUACUUGGUUUGGUCUUCAACCAAGGGAUGAUCUGGAUGGGUGCGUUUUACGCUCCUGGGCUGGUGGGCAUCAACGUGCUGCGCCUCCUCAGCUCCAUGUACUACCAGUGUUGGGCUGUAAUGGCCACCAACGUCCCCCACGAGAGAGUCUUCAAAGCCUCCAAGUCCAACAACUUCUACAUGGGUCUGCUGCUCCUUAUCCUCUUCCUCAGUCUGCUACCUGUCGUCUACACCAUCAUGACCCUGCCACCUUCAUUCGACUGCGGACCCUUCAGUGGCAAGCCCAAGAUGUUUGAUGUUAUCAUGGAAACGAUCGACCUGGACCUUCCAGCCUUCUUGGGGACGCUUUUCAGCUACGCAGCCAACCCAGGCCUCAUCAUACCAGCUGUACUGCUCAUGGUACUGGCCAUCUACUAUCUGAACUCAGUGUCUGAGGCCUAUCAAAACGCCAACAUGGAGCUGAAGAAGAAGAUGCAGAUGGCUCGAGAUGAAGAGAAGAACCGGAGGAACAACACGGACAGCACAAACCAGGUGAUGAAAGACCUGGAGGACCUGCUGCCCAGAGGAUCCCUCAUGGCUCCACCAGAGCCUGAAAAACCACCAGAACCGGAAUCAAGGUUAACUAAGACCAAGCCGGGGUCAGCGGGUAAAGGCGUUAAUCUGCAGAAAGAUGUGGCUCUGGCAUCGCCCAACCCCAACGCUCGAGGGCCGGUGAACCGUUCUCCUGGGCCGAGGGGAGCCGGACCGGGUCAGGGUCCUGGACGGGGUCAGGGUCCUGGUCCUGGACGGGGUCAGGGUCCUGGUCCUGGACGGGGUCAGGGUCCUGGACGGGGUCAGGGUCCUGGGGGUCCUGGUCCUGGACGAGGUCGAGGUAGAGGGCCCCCUCCGAGAUAACAGUGUGAAAACCAUUCCUGAAGGCUGUGUUCAUGCCUCAGUUCAUUUUACAGCAUGAGACUUAAACAGGCACCUUCAUUUGGUCUGCAUAUUUCCUUACUGACAUCAAAAGUUCAAAGAAUACUGAAGGUCAUUUUUGAAGAAUACAGCUCUACAAAAUGUUGCCUACAGUAUUGUUUUGCAACACAGUGCUGUAAAGAUCUCUAUAUUUUAUCUUGAGCAACCCAUCAUUUGAGGAGAAGUGUGCUAUGCUUUUCGUUAAGCUUGUCUUAUGCCUAUGCUUAGGCUUAUGGGUUCCCAGAUUGCAUUUUGGUCAAUGUGUUCAGUAUUGCUCUCCAAACGGACUGAAGCCUGCAUUCAACCGAUGCCUGCUCAAACAGAAUUUGUCAAUACUUCUCAAAAUGUAAACAGAAACCAGAGCGCUGUGGAUACAUAAAUCUUGUCCACCUUGCCUACUAUUUAUAGAGAUGUUUAAACCACAGUGGGUCAAAUAUUACCGUCCAUACAGUAACUGCCUGGCUUUAGGAUAUCUGUUGGAAACACCUUUGUCUUAACUUGGGUAGCUACUGGUGAGGUUCUCUGUGGACUAACAUUAUUUUCAUAUAUCAAGAUAACUCCUUGUGUAUUUUUGCUUACAUUUACAAUACAUACAGAAACAUGUUAUUUAGUGGUAAUGUGUACUCAGGCUGUUUUGUUUUACAUGUACACUGACUUUG